AUGUGUUAUGCCAGACGUGGGUUGGCACAUGCCAGCUUGAAGAACCAUGCGGCAGCAAUUAGUGACUUCCAGCACGCAUCCUCAAUGCCAGCGCACGAAGAUGUAUCCAUGGUCGAGGUAUACAUCUGCAUGGCUCGCUGUCGUUUCCACCUCGGCUCUCGCUCGUCCGCGCUUCUCGCCGUUCGCGCAGCGCUAGAACUCCAACGAGACAAUCUACAGGCCAAGGCUCUGCGCAAGUGCCUCCUCAUGCUAGAGGGUCACAUCGACGACUACCAUGGCGCUCGAAAGCGGAAUCACUGGAGGACGGCGCGGGCGGCGUACGAGUCCUGUCUAGAUAUAUAUGAGGCACAGGAUUGUCCCUCACCAGUGGAGAUACGCUGUUGGGGAAUCGAGCUGCGCGUCGCGGAAAGCGACUGGGAAGGCGCUUUGCGAGCGAUAGACCUUCUCUUACAAAGGGAAACCAAGUCUACGGAAGCUAUGAUCAUCCGCGCUUUGGUCUUGUUUUGGACUGGAAAGCUGCCGCAAGCUCUUGAGCAAAUCAUCACUGUUCUCAAGACUGAUCCCGAUAAUGAAACUGCCAAGACGAUACGCUCUCGCAUCAAGACAGUUGCGCGCUUGAAGGAGGAAGGAGAUACUCUGUACAAGGAUGGUGAAUGGAAAGACGCGAUUGCCAGGUGGGACACUGCACUUGAGGUUGUAUAUGAGAACGAAAACGAGGGCCGAGGAGGGUUGCUUCGAUCGAUCCUCCUGAGCAGUAGAGCUGCCGCCAAAUUGCAAUUGAAAGAGUUCGAGAAAAGCCUCAAGGACGUUGAGGAUGCACUGAAGCUGAAUUCAACACUAUGGUCCGCUUUCCUCACUCGUGCUCGCAUUCACGCCGCUUUCGAGCUGUACGACUUGGCUUGUGAGGACUUUAGGGCAGUUCUACAGCAUGCUGCUGCAUCCAAUGUGAAGGACCUGGACGAGUUUAGAGCUGAGCUGGAGAAAACUGAGACGAUAGCGGCAAGAGAACGCAAGAAAGAGAAGGAUUACUAUACAAUUCUUGGUAUUUCGCGAGGGUGCACUCUAUCCGAGAUCCGCAAGGCCUAUCUUGUCCAGUCCCGCAAGCACCAUCCCGACAAGGGAGGGAUAGCCGAGAAAUUCAAGCUAAUUGGCGAGGCAUAUUCCGUGCUGUCUGACGAAAAUUUCCGAAGAGACUACGAUGCCAAAAGGUCCGGAAGGACCGCACAACGUCAGAAACCCUACUCCGACGACUCAUACUCGUACUCGGACGAUGAUGACUAUUAA